AUGGAGUGGGACAGCGAGUCCGACGGCGCCGGCAGCGUCGGCGCCGGCGAGGAGGAGCAGGAGGAGGAGGGGGAGGAGCGGGGAGGCGAGGGUGGAGGUGGCGACGCCGGGGGAGCUGGUGGGAUGUUCACGUUCGCGAUUGAAGGCAUGCUGCGCGCGUCCGGGCCGUGCGGGCUCGUCGUCACCGACGCGCUCGAGCCCGACUGCCCCAUCAUCUACGUCAACCGCGGCUUCGAGGAAGCCACGGGCUACCGCGCCGAGGAGGUCCUCGGCAGGAACUGCCGAUUCCUUCAGUGCAGAGGACCAUUUGCUCGAAGGAGGCACCCCCUAGUUGAUGCUGCAGUGGUGUCAGAGAUUCGAAGAUGCAUAGACAACGGCAUUGAAUUCCGUGGCGAUUUACUAAAUUUCAGAAAAGAUGGAACUCCAUUGAUGAACAGGUUGCAUCUGACCCCUAUAUAUGGAGAUGAUGAAACCAUAACCCAUUAUAUGGGCAUUCAGUUCUUCACUGAUGCUAAUGUUGAUUUGGGACCAUUGCCCUGUUCAAUGACAAAGGAACCAGUGAGGUCAACACGGUUUGCUCCAGAUAACUCAUUUCGACCCAUUUCUACGGGGCCAGAGCACAGCAAUUUUUGCCGGGAAUAUUCUAGCCUCUUCCAAUUAACAGAUGAAGUGCUUUGCCAAAGUAUACUGUCAAGGUUGUCACCAAGAGAUAUAGCGUCUGUGAGCUCUGUGUGCAGGCGCUUGUAUCAUUUGACAAGAAAUGAAGAUCUCUGGAGAAUGGUUUGCCAGAAUGCUUGGGGUAGUGAGACUACUCGAGCUCUUGAGACAGUGCCUGCCGCAAGAUGGCUGGGCUGGGGUCGGCUGGCAAGAGAACUGACAACCCUGGAAGCUGUUGCCUGGAGGAAAUUGACAGUUGGGGGUGCAGUGGAGCCAUCUCGAUGCAAUUUCAGUGCCUGUGCUGUGGGGAACCGUGUUGUUCUCUUUGGUGGGGAAGGUGUUAACAUGCAACCGAUGAAUGACACGUUUGUAUUGGAUUUGAAUGCUAGCAAUCCAGAGUGGAGGCAUAUCAAUGUGAGCGCAGCUCCUCCAGGUCGCUGGGGCCAUACUCUGUCAUGCUUAAAUGGCUCUUGGUUGGUUGUUUUUGGUGGAUGUGGAAGGCAGGGUCUGCUUAACGAUGUAUUCAUGUUGGAUUUGGAUGCAAAACAACCAACCUGGCGUGAAAUACCUGGAGUUGCACCCCCAGUUCCGCGUUCAUGGCACAGCUCCUGCACUUUGGAUGGAACGAAGUUGGUAGUUUCUGGUGGCUGUGCUGAUUCAGGUGUACUCCUCAGUGACACAUAUCUUCUUGAUGUAACCAUGGAUAGACCAGUUUGGAGAGAAGUUCCUGCAUCCUGGAAACCGCCUUCUAGGCUGGGGCACUCAAUGUCUGUGUAUGGUGGCAGGAAGAUCCUGAUGUUUGGUGGUCUUGCUAAGAGCGGCCCUCUGCGGCUCCGGUCUAGUGAUGUGUACACAAUGGACUUAAGUGAAGAAGAGCCUUGCUGGCGAUGCCUCACUGGUAGUGGAAUGCCUGGGGCUGGUAAUCCAGCUGGUGCAGGUCCACCUCCUCGCCUGGAUCAUGUUGCUGUCAGCCUGCCAGGUGGAAGAAUUUUGAUAUUUGGUGGCUCAGUGGCAGGUCUUCACUCGGCAUCACAGCUUUAUCUGUUGGAUCCAACUGAAGAAAAGCCGACCUGGAGAAUACUGAAUGUUCCUGGGCGCCCUCCCCGGUUCGCCUGGGGCCACAGCACCUGUGUUGUUGGAGGAACAAAAGCGAUAGUGCUUGGUGGACAAACUGGAGAAGAGUGGAUGCUUACAGAAAUACAUGAGCUUUCUUUGGCAAGCAAUCCAGUUUGA